GACGCAGUAGAUGUAAACAAACAGAAGCUAGCUGUGUGGCUCCGCUGCUCCUGGUGAGUCAGCGGCCCUCACGGCCAGCCUGGCCGCCCAGAGAGGCCUGACUAACGGCCACCUCCUUCACCCCGUCCGCAGAGACAUGAAGGACCCGACCAUCGGAACCACAUCCACCCCCACCGGUACCGGAGAGGUCGUCCUCAGCAGCCAGUUCGGUUCCGAGGAGGAUCCGUUUGCGGAAUACAUGUGGAUGGAGAACGAGGAGGAGUUCAACAGACAGGUGGAGGAGGAGCUGUGGGAGGAGGAGUUCAUGGAGCGCUGCUUCCAGCAGAUGCUGGAUGAGGAGGAGCAGUGGGAGUGGUUCAUCCCGUCCAGAGACCUCCCCCCCGGCGGCGUGGCUCAGCUGCAGGACCAGAUCAGCCUGCUGGUUCUGGACCCGGACGUUCACCCCGAUGCCUCCGACUUGGAAGUGGUGGUGAGGAGCAGCCUGAAUCCAAAUGCCAAGGAAUUCACUCCGGGGAUCCAGAAGCACAACCUGUGACCCCUUAGCCCCGCCCCUUCCUCCCCAGCCUGCUCUGUGACAUCAUCAGCAGGAAGUCCGCUGUUCUCCAGCCGCCGUUCAGACCUUCAGCCUCACGUGUUGCCAAAGUUCUGCUGUCGCCUCACAUCUCCUCACCACGUCUGCUGCCUCCCCUGGGGUCACCUGGGGUCACCAGUCUGUCUGAAACUCUCUGAAUGUAAACCAGAUCCUUCAUGUUUCUGUCACCUGUUCUCCCCUGAACCUUUGGAACCCACUCAAGACCGACCUCCAGGUUCUGUCCUGACUCUCCUCACCUGACCAGGUGUGAUGGAGUCUGGUCCAAUCAGAGUCCCACCCGACCCGGUUCUGUCAUUGUUUCCUCUCGUUUUUUCCCAGAAUCCUUUGCGUCGCUCUGCUGCUUUACUUCCUGACGUCUUUAAACUUUUUCUAAUGUUCUGUAAAAAAAAGUCUGAUAAAGAAAAAGAUGUAAAAAAAAAAAAAUCUAUUUUUUCUUAAAGUAGUGAUGAAAAUAAAUGUUUAUUGAGGA